AUGCUUUCUUUCGCUUUGUUGUUCUUUUUCUUUGUUCCUUCAUCUUUUUAUUCCUUCUUUAUCCUCUUUUUUUUUUCUUUUUUGUUGUUCUUGCGACGUCAAAAUUUUUUUUAUAUAUAUUCUUUUAUUUCUACUGCUUUUCGUUUCUUUUAUGUUUACUCUUUUUCUCUCUCCUCUUUUGCUAGUCUUUCUUUUGUUUCUUUUUUGGCUUUUUCUAUUUUCUUCCUUUUCUUUUCUUUUCUUUUUUUUCUUUUUUUUUCUUCUGCUGCUUCCUCCUUUCUUUUUUUGCUAUUUCUUUUUUUGUCUCCAACUUUUUCUUCUUCUUCCUUCUACUUUUUUCUACAUUUUCUUUUCUUUCUUUUUUCUGCUGCUUCCUUCCUUCUUUUUUUUGCAAUUUCUUUUUUCGCCUUCAACUUUUUCGUCUUUCUUCUUUGCUUUCUUUCUUUAAUUUUAUUCGUCUGCUUUCUUCUUUCUUUUUUGCUAUUUCAUUUUUGUCUCCAAAUUUUCUUCUUACUUCUGCUUUUUUUUCUUUUCUUUUCUUUCUUAUUCUUCUGCUGCUUCCAUCUUUCUUUUUUGCUGUUUCUUUUUGCGAUUUCUUUUUUGUCUCGAACUUUUUAUUCUUUCUUCUACUCUUUCUUCCUUCCUUUCUUUUUUUUCUGCUGCUUCCUCCCUCUUCCUUCUUUUUGCUAUUUUUUUCUUUUCUUUUUGGUCUACUUUUUUUUAAUUGUCUCAAGUUUACUCUUUUCUUUUUUUCUAUUUUUCUUUCCCUUCUUCGCUUAUAUUUUUCAUAUUUUUUCUUCUUCUUUUUUCUUUUAUAUUCUCUUCUUUUCGUCUUCUUUGUCUUUUUCUUUCUUUCUUUUUUCCUCUCAUUUUCUUUUCUUUUUCGCUUUUCUCCUAUUUUAUUUUUUUUUAUUUUUGUGGAUCUUUUUUUGUUUUCCAUAUUUUAUUUUUUCCUCAAUUAUUUUUUUCUUUUUCGUUUCUUUUCGUCUAUUUCUCUCACUAUAUUUUCCUUUUACAUUUAUUCCAUUUUUUCUUUUCCCAUUUUUCGCUCUCUUCUUCAUUUCUCUUAUUUUUUCUUUUCUUUCAUUUUUCGGCAUUAUUACAUACUCCUCUCUCUUCAUUUUAAUAGAUGGGUGCAAAAGUGCAAUAGCGUCCAUUUUCCUUUGUAUAUUCAUCGUAUGUAUUUAUUUUUUUAAAAUUGUUCUUAUUUUUUUCUUUUUACUAUUUUCUUCUUCAACUCCUACUACUACUUUCUUCAUCUACUUCGGUUUUUUUCUUCUACUUUCACCUUUUUCUCCUUUUUUCUUUUUCUUUCUGUUACUUCUCAUUCUAUCUUUUUCUCCUACUAGUCUUCUUUCUUCUGCUUUCUUCUUCUUUUCUUUACUUAUUUUUUUUUUGUUUUUCUUCCUUUUCUUUUUUUUCAUUCUCCUUCUUUCUUUCCCUUUUCUUCUUUUUCUGCUUCUUUCUUCUUUUUUUGUUCUUUUACUUUUUCUUCCUUCUCCUCUUUUGUAUCUUCCUUUUCUUCUUUUUCUUCCUUGCUCCUUUUUCAUUUUCGUCUUUCUUUUUCUUCUUUCUUCUUUGCCCACUUCUUUCUUUCUUUUUUCUUUUUUUUAUAUUUUGCUCCUGUUUCUUUCUAACUCUUCUUUAUUUUUCCACUUCUUUCUUCGUAUUCCUUUUCUUCGUAUUCCCCUUCUUCCUAAUCUUAUUAUUAUUAUUAUUACUACUACUUCUACUACUACUACUACUACUAUUAGCGAAGAAGACACAUCCUUACUUCAUUUAUUUUCCCGCUUUCUUUCUUCAGCAAACGCACAUCUAACUGUGGGAAUUUUCUUUCUUUCUUUCUUUCUUUCUUUCUUUCUUUCUUUCUUAUCGUCUUUACUAUCUAUCUUCCUCGUUUUUUACAUUCUCUCUCUCGUCCUCGUUCUCUCUCUCUCUCUCUCUCUCUCUAUCGUCCUCAUCUCUCUCUCUCUCUCUCUCUCUAUCGUCCUCAUUCUCUCUCUCUCUUGUCCUCAUUCUCUUUCUCUCCCUCGUUCUCUCUCUCGUCUUCAUUCUCUCUCUUUCUCAUUCUCUCUCUCGUCCUUAUUCUCUCCCCCUCUCUCUCUAGUGCACAUUCUCUCUCGUCCUCAUUCUCUCUCUCUUGUCCUUAUUCUCUCUCUCUCUCGUCCUCAUUCUCUCCAUUUUUCUCUAGUUCACAUUCUCUCUCGUACUCAUUCUCUCUCUCUCGUCCUUAUUCUCUCUCUCUCUCUCUCUCUAGUUCACAUUCUCUGUCGUCCUCAUUCUCUCUCUCUCUCUCUCGUCCUCAUUCUCCCUCUCUUGUCCUCAUUCUCUCUCUCGUCCACAGUCUCUCUCUCUCGUCCUCUUUCUCUCCCUUUCUCUCUAGUUCACAUUCUCUCUCGUCCUCAUUUUCUCUCUCUCUCCUCCUCAUUCUCUCUCUUUCUCAGUCCUUAUUUUCUCUCUCUCUCCUCCUCAUUCUCUCUCUUUCUCAGUCCUCAUUCUCUCUCUCUCUCGUCCUCAUUCUCUCUCUCUCUCGUCCUCAUUCUCUCUCUCUCUCUCGUACUCAUUCUCUUUCUCUCUCUCUCGUCCUCAUUUUCUCUCUCUCACGUACUCAUUCUCUUUCUCUCUCUCGUCCUCAUUCUCUCUCUCUCUCUCUCUCUCUCGUCCACAUUCUCUCUCACCCGCUCUCUUUAUCUCUUUGUCGUCUUCAUUGCCUCUUCACAACUUUCCAGACAAACGUCACGUAGGAUAUUUGAUAUUCUCCUCUCUCUCUCAUCACUCUAUUAUCCCUUUCUUCUUCCACAAAUCGAACCGCCAUCGAAAUCGUCAUAUAAACUCUCUGUUUGUUUCUCUCUUUCAAUCUUUCUUUCUCUCUCUCUCUUUCUUCCUUUAUAUUUCUUUCUUUCUUUAUAUUUAUUUCUGUUCCUCUCUCUCUUUCUGUUGCUCUCUCUGUUUCUCUUUCUUUCUUUCUUUCUAUUUCUGUUUCUCUCUCUUUCUAUUUCUCUUUCUUUCUUUCUUUCUUUCUUUCUUUCUUUCUGUUUAACUCUCUCUCUUUCUGUUUCUCUUUCUCUUUCUGUUUCUAUUUCGUUCUUUCUCUUUCACUUUCUUUCUUUCUGUUUCUCUUUCUUUCUUUCUUUCUUUAUUUCUGUUUCUCUCUCUCUCUUUCUUUCUGCUUUUCUCUCUCUCUCUUUCUUUCUCUCUCUUUCUAUCGGUUUCUUUCAUUCUCUCUCCCUCUCUCUUUCGGAUUCUUUCUUUCUUUCUGUUUCUCUCUUUCUUUAUUUCUUUUAUCUUUCUGUUUCUCUCUUUCUUUCUUUCUUUCUUUCUUUCUUUCUUUCUUUCUUUCUUUCUCUCUCUCUCUCUUUCUUUCUUUGUCUUUCAUUCUUUCUCUCUCACUCUUUCUUUCUAUCGUUCUUUGUCUUUUAUUCUUUCUUUAUUUCGCUCUAUCUUUCUUUCUUGGAAUCCGGAUAUAAACUUUUUCUUUCUUUGUCUAUUUAUUUCUCUCUCUUUAUUUAUUUUCUAUCUUUCUCUCUCUCUCUCUUUCUUUGUGUUUAUUUAUUUAUUUAUUCAUUUCUCUCUGUUUCUUUCUUUCUUUCUUUCUUUCUUUCUUUCUUUCUUUCUUUCUCCCUCCCUACCCCUCUCUCUCUCUCUCUCUCUCUCUUUCCUUCUUUCUUAGGAUCCUUAUAUAAACUCCUUUCUUUUCCGAACCAUUCAUUAUUUCUCUUUUCUGCAUUCAAUUUCCUUCUCCCAAUCUCCCCUCCCUAUAUUCUUCUCUUCCCCCUCCGACUUUCAACACAUCGUUUGUAUUCCUCUCCUCAUACCAUUACGCACUCUCUCUCUUAUUCUUUUCACUUGCUUUCCAUCACUCUUUGUCCCUUUUCCUUCUAUUUACCCACUCACCAAUUGUUCGUAACCUUUUCUUCUCUCUUCUCUCUUCCUUACGUAUCAGUCUCUCUUCAUUACUGGAUUCUUUUUCAAAUACAAAUAGAGAAACACAAAUCUCAUUGGCUCUUCGGAUUUAUAUCUCCUUGA